CGUCCCUGGUCCUGCUCCUCGCAGCCUCCUGCUCCAUCUCUGCGGUCACUGUGUGUGAGCGGAGGGGGAGCGCAGAGAGAGGGAGCUGGUGUCUUCUCUGCCAGCAUUUGCAUCAGCUGCGUUUCAGAAGAAUCCCGGCUGCCACAGCCGUGCGGUCAUCCAGGGAGCGGGACGCUCAGGGCAGAUGAAGGGAUGGGAAAAGAGGCUGCUGUACUCCAUGGGAAGUGCCUCAGCAGUGUUCAGAAGGUACAGUGAUUGAUUUCCAGUAUGAAGCUCAGCAGUGGGAGCAAAAUCAUUCCCAUCCUCAAAGACAGCAGCAGCAGCAGCAGCAGCAGCAGCAGCAGACAGCGGCAUCAGGGAAAUAUUCUGGUUCAGAUUUGCUCAACUGGCAUCACAGGCAGGACACAGAGAAUCCCUGCAUCCUCGUCAGAUGUAGGAUGAACCAGCAGAGCAGCAGUAAAACAUGUAUGUGUUGACGUCUGUCCAAACAUCAUGCAAAACUGAGACUGAAUUUAGUUGCGCGGGAUGUGACUGAAGACUCGGUGAACCUUCUGACAAUCCCAGCGUCGCCCUCUGGACCUACAAGACAACAUUUGACCUAAUUUUCAACCCUCGUACUUUCUGACCGCGCUCCCUGGCUUUGAAGGAUGGGUGAUGGGCCUGUGACUGACCCCGCCCGCCUGCCCCGUCCUACCCUUCAAUGGAGCCGACGUGGAACUCCUCCCACACGACUCCGCAGCCCGUCUCCAACGUGUCCGCCCUGUCGCUGCCCGAAGGCUGGGCUCUGUCCCAGGCGCUAGCCCUGCUAGCGAUGCUGCUCAUGGAUCUGCUGGCUGUGGUGGGCAACGUGGCUGUCAUGGCAGUCAUCGCCAAGGCCCCGCAGCUCCACAAGUUUGCCUUUGUCUUCCACCUGUGCGUGGUGGACCUCCUGGCAGCCCUGGUGCUGAUGCCGCUCGGCAUGCUCUCGAACCGGGCCUUCUUUGGUGAGGCCUUGUGCCGGAGCUACGUCUUUCUUAGCGUGUGCCUAGUCAGUGCUGCCAUUCUCUCCAUCUCCGUCAUAAACGUGGAGCGGUACUACUACAUUAUACACCCCAUGCGCUACGAGGUGAAGAUGACUGUCGGUCUGGUGGCUUCGGUGCUGGUGGGGAUCUGGGUCAAAGCUCUGGCCAUGUCUGCUCUGCCGCUGCUCGCCUGGUUCCUGCAAGGCGGAAGAACUCCUCUUCUGGAGAGCGGCGGAGGGGGUGGAGGGGCCAUCCCGCCUCCCCCCACCUCUCAGGGUCACAGGCGCUGCUCCCUCCACUGGACGGGAGGAGGCUCAAACCGCUUAGCCUUCAUGGUCCUUUUCACUCUGGUGUACUUCCUCUGCCCACUGUUGGUUAUCCUCGUCGUCUACUGCAACAUGUUCAAAGUGGCUCGGGUGGCCGCCAUGCACCACGGGCCACUUCCUACUUGGAUGGACACGCCGCGACGGCAGCGGUCAGAGUCGCUCAGCAGCAGGUCCACCAUGGUCACCAGUUCAGGGACGGGGACUGGCACCGACAGAGCCACGCCACACCGACCCUUCGGGGGAGGAAAGGCUGCCGCCGUGUUGGCGGCUGUAGGUGGGCAGUUCCUGUGCUGCUGGCUGCCCUACUUCACUUUCCACCUGUACUCAGCUCUGGCUGCCAGUCCACCCGCCGCGCUGGCCUCUCUGGAAGAGGUGGUGACCUGGAUCGGCUACUUCUGCUUCACCUCCAACCCCUUCUUCUACGGCUGCCUGAACAGACAGAUCCGCGAGGAGCUCGGCAAGCAUCUCCCUUGCCUGUUUCGCAGAUCUGGGGUCGAAAUGGAGGACAGACUGCCGAGCCGUGACGGGUCCAUAGAGGAGAACUUUCUUCAGUUUCUUCAAGGCACUGCCUGCAACCUGGACCCUCAAAACUCUCGCAGCACUUCCAGCCCGAAGGGGGGAGAGGCCUGCUGCCCUGUUACUCAAUGCCAACCCACUGAGAUAGCACAACCCAUUCCUAUUGAUUUCCGCAUCCCUGGGCAGAUUGCCGAGGAGACUUCAGAGUUUAUUGAGAUCGAACAGGCAAAAAACAACCACAUAUAUACAGACAAUUAGGCUUUAUGUUGCAAGCAAGCAAAGAUGGAGAGAGUUUCAGAAAAUUCCCUCUUUUUUCACUUUUGUUGAAAGAUGUGACUCGGUUUGACCCUUUAGGUUUUCACUAUAUUUUUCAGCUCAUAGUGACAAACUUAUGGUGCCUCGCAAAAGUAUAAAUACCAAUUGAGCUUUUUCACAUUUUUUACAUUGCAACUGAAACGUCUGUGUAUUAUUUAUGCUUCAAAGUGAUUUAUGAAGUGGAAAGAAAAUGUAUAUAGAUUUACAAGUUUUUAUAAACUUGAAAGGAUAUAUAAGUUUUUACAAAUACAAAACUGAAAAGAGUCCACAUGUAUCCCUUUACUAUCCUCCUUUACCCUCAAUUAAAUUGCCUUAAGAUGUCACCUAAUUAAACCAAAGCAAAUAUUAUCCCCGUGUAUAAAUUGAUCUUUGAAUAAAUCUAGUUGAUCUUGAGAGACUAGAGAACAAACAGCAUCAUGCAGACCAAGGAACACAGCAGAAAGGCCAGGAAUAAAAUUGUGGAGAAGUUGAAUGCAGGUCAUGGUGAACAGUUGAAUCAGUCGUCCACAAAUAGAAUAUGAGUAGCAAACCUACCAAGAUGGCCGCCCACCUGAACCAAUGGUUAGCAAUUUUUAUAAAAAGAUUUUGCUUAGAAAAUCAAAAGCAACAUCAUUCUUUUGAAGCGAAAUAGCUUGUUUUCAUAAUACACGCUAUAGGAAAUUUCUUUAUGUUUUUAAACAAAUUGCAAACUGCAAAACAAUUGAAACUGAGAGUUUUACCUUUCAGCAAGAUAUCUACUCUAAACAAUCGGAAAGUUUAGGGUAAAAAUGUUGUGGCUUAAAUUACAGCAUGUUUAAGCAUAGUCAAAGUCCAGGCCUAAUCUGAAUGUGUCUAAAACUGGACAAACAGUGAAAAGACUCAAGGUUAAAAAAGCACCAACUUAGAGAAGCUAAAAACUACGUAUUGUUUUCCAUCCACUUCACAAUUAUGCUCUACUUUCUGUCGGUCUGUCACAUAAAAAUCCAGUAAAAUACAGAACAUUUAGUUGUAAUUUGACAAUUUGUGAAAAAGUUUCAAAAGGUAUCAAUAUUUCUGCAAGAGAUUGUAAAGGAUUGUAUUUCAAACUAUUCCUUCUGAAAAGGGAAAUUUCUAUAAAAGAACUUUGGCUUUAAACACAAACACUCAGCUCAUAACAAUAAUAAAGGAAACCUUGAGAAUUCACACUGAAAGAACCCUUUAAAAAUUUGAAGUCAUAAAUUGUAACAGUAUUCAGAAAUCUAGUUACAUGAAGGGAACAAAAUGGCGCUUUAAGUUGCAAAUGUUUAGGAAAUUCCUCUGUAAUUUUAGGGGAUCAUAUAUAAGGUCUAUGAUACGAAUACAACAUUUUGAAGUCUACUUGGUCUAAAAAAAAGUUGGUUUGGUGAAUUUCUAUGAAAAUUAGAACAAGACAGCAAUAAAAUAAAGUGUAUAUUAGGUAAUUUGGCUUUCAUCUGUUAAUUGAAAAUGCCAGUCCCCAAAUCAGGCCUGGUGGUUUAAUAUUUAAUGGAAGUGGUGCAGAAGCAACGGCUUCCUUUCUUUAAAUAAGACCUUCUUUCAUUUUUUUCUAAGAAAUUAGGUGAGAUUUAAAGCGGCUCCAUUUAGAUUAAAAAAACAUCAUCAGGGUUAUUGAAACUCUCUGCCGUUUAUUAAGCAGGAUAUUUGGGUGUAGCUUUUUAAACAGUAUUGUGUGAGAGCACUGCAUUACAUCCAAAUAGGGUUCUGUUUCUUUUGUUGCUUUAUGUAAUAAACCGUGUUUAUUUUUUGUAUAUGUUUAUGUUGUGCGCGCCACUCAGUGAGUGCAGUUUUUUUAUAUUGUGAACCUCAGCUUUUGACAUUAAACUAAAGAUAAGCAAGACAAUAUUUUUUGUUUUCUUAACAAGUAAGCAGAACUUGUUGCUAUGUUUUUGCCUGUGGACAUUUUUCAGUAAAACCUUUACUUUGGCAACCCGUAUCACAGAGCAUCUGCUUUUUGAAGGUUCACUAGGAAUAAGGGUCUUAAAGUUUCUGGCCUUGACAAUGAAUUCAGCUGGUAUUUUAUAGCUGUUAAGGAUGAAAUAUGUGGACAUGACUGUCAGAAAUAAUCUUUCUUACAUGGAAACAGGGUUUACAUAGUAUUUUCUCAAAGGUUGUUUUAGUGACAAUGCCAGUCAAAAAUCAAACACUUGUUAAGCUUGAUGCUUUCUUUUCAUCAUGACUAAAUAAUAUCCCAAACUGUGAAUGAUGUGUUAUAGGGUUCGCUUUUGUUCAGAGAUCAAUUUUAUGCUGUGACAACAACAACAACAACAAAAAAGAGUAACUUCUACUGUUCUGCAUCAAUAUGAAUGUGUUCAGGGGAAAAGGCCAAACCUUGGGUGGAAGAAAGUGUUGUAAUAAAGACUUUAUAUGUUUGUAAAACA